AUGUCCGGCAAGUACAGCUGCACAGUGUGUGACAAGAGCUUCACGGCCAGAAGCACUCUCAACGGCCAUCUGGCGAGCGUUCAUCUCGGAGAGCGCUCGGUCUGUGAUGCCUGUCAAAAGGUCUUCACAGACAAGUCCAACUUCCGCAGGCACAGAAAGACCUGCUCCGGCAACGCCGGCCUUUACAGGUGCGCAUGGCACCAGCUCGGUUGCAACCACACCAGCAACCGUGUCGACAAUGUGAAGCGGCACGUCAGAUCGUGCCCUCACAAGCCCAUUGCUUGGGCAGGCGAGUUCCCAGCACCCAUCAGGGCUGGGCUCGUUCAGGGUGGCCAGGUCCCAGACAACGGGACGCCACAGACCUCCGGGCAGCAGCAACUGCCCCAAGACGCCUCCGCCCUGGCUCAAGGGCCUGCUGUCACGCCCACGACGGGCGUGGAUGCCUCCCAGCAAGGCAUCGACUUGGCACUGGGUGAUCCCACCGAUCCGGUGUGGUUCGCCGCCAAUUUCCCGCAAUUCGACGGGUACUGGGUACAAGACGUACCCCAACAGGCACCGGGUGAAGUGCCUCAAUACCCAGUGGCCCAGCAGGCCGCUGGCGGCUUCCAACAGGGCUUUGGCACUGGGUGGAACGCCGUCGGCAAUGGCCUGUUCACAGGUCACGGGGCUGGCGGAGAUACCUUCCUGACAAAAGCUCCCGCAGUAGCCAGUCAGGAUGGCAUCCGAGCCACCGAACUUGGUCAGGGCGGCUGCGACACAUCAAGCACCGGCAGCAGAUGCCUGACACUCGACAUCAACCUCCUCGACAUCAACCUCCUCGACAUCAACCUCCUCGACAUCAACCUCCUCGACAUCAACCUCCUCGACAUCAACCAACGAUGCUUGCAACCGCGAAAGGCAACUCAGGCCGUUCAGUCACUGUUUGAGCUGCAGAUCAACCAGUGGCUUGUUCACGUCUGGAUUGUCAACAUCUCGAAGAAACCCCAAUGA